AGCGACUGUACAGAAUACUUCCUGCUAAUUGUCUGUAUCCAGAUGAACCGAUGCGCUGUGAUCAGAUGAACCGAUCUCUCAAGAGGACAAAACCUCAGAAAACAGAAUACCCCAAGAGAAGUCUGCUUCAUAAAGAGAAAUACACAUCAUUUGGAAGAAUCUCUGAAGUUUAUAAAGGAAAUCAUGAAGAUUUUCAAUGACUCUAUUCAUGGUCACAUUGAGCUGCAUCCUCUUCUGGUGAAGAUCAUAGACACACUUCAGUUUCAGAGACUGCGUAAUAUAAAACAGCUGGGUGCAGGAUACUGGGUUUAUCCAGGGGCUUCACAUAACCGCUUCGAGCACUCCAUUGGGGUGGCGCAUUUAGCAGGAUGUCUGAUCAAUAGUCUACAAGAGAAACAAACAGAGCUCAAUAUAACCAAUCAAGAUAAACUCUGUGUCCAGAUUGCUGGUCUGUGUCAUGACUUAGGUCACGGUCCAUUCUCUCAUUUGUUUGAUGUCAUGUUUAUCCCUGAGGUCCGGGGAACUGGUUACCAGUGGAAGCAUGAGAUGGCUUCAGUUCAGAUAUUUCAGCACUUGAUGGAAACUAAUGGACUUAUAGAGGAGAUGAAACUGUAUGGACUGAAUCCAGAUAAAGAUCUUGUCUUUAUAAAGGAAUUAAUUCAGGGAGUGAAUACCUCCAAUACAGAGUGGACAGCGAGGGGCAGGACUGAGGACAAAACCUUCCUAUAUGAGAUUGUGGCAAAUAAGCGCAACGGCAUUGAUGUGGACAAAUGGGACUAUUUUGCCAGAGACUGUCAUCAUCUCGGUCUUGGCAACAGUUUUGACCAUCAGCGUCUGCUGAAGUUUGCAAGAGUUUGUGAGGUGGAGGUUGGAGACAAGAAAGUCAGACGGCUGUUCAUCUGCUUCAGGGACAAGGAAGCAGAUAAUGUUUAUGACAUGUUUCGAACAAGAUACACGCUUCAUCGUCAGGCCUACCAGCACAAGACAGUCAACAUUAUUGAAAUCAUGAUCAAAGAUGUUCUUGUAAAAGCCGACGAUCACCUUCAGAUCUCAGCAUCUAUAGACAACAUGGAAAACUACACCAAACUCACAGAUCAGAUAUUCGAUCAGAUAUUGUUCUCCUCUGAAGACAACUUGAAAGACGCUCGAAUGAUACUUCAGGAAAUUGUUCGGAGACAUCUGCCAAAGUUUGUAGGAGAGGCCAGACUGAUAAACGCUGAAAACAAAGACAUCUCUGAGAAAACACUGAAGGACAAUUGGAUGAAGGCAGUGGAAAAGUGGAAAAUAAACACAGUGGAUUUCAUUGUUACUGUUGUUCACAUGGAUCACGGCAUGAAGGGGAAAAAUCCCAUUGACAACGUCUAUUUCUACAGAAAGAGGAAUCCAGACAAAGCAUUAAAAAUCAACAACUAUCAGUUGUCCAGUUUUCUGCCAGAGAGGUUUUAUGAAACACUUGUUCGAAUUUACUAUCGAGGCUCAGAUGAAAAGGUUCUUGAUGAGGCUCAGCUGUGCUUUGAGCAAUGGUGCAAACAAAGUUUUGGACUUCUGACUGAGGAGGAGGAACUCUCUGAAAUCAAUACAGACCACAACAAGAUUAAAAUAUGACUGAGAAUCACCUGGGGCCCAUUUCAGUGAGGAAGUUUAACCAACUCUUAGCUCAAACUUGAUCUCUGAGGGGCGGUGUCCCAGGCAGGGUUUAGAUUAAUCAAGGAUUAGGCUUUAGUUAUUUUAGGACGUUUAAGUAGUUUUUACAAACAAAACAUACAAAAAAUUAAAAUCGUAUUAGUUUAUAUUUAAAUCAUUUAAUGAUUAUUAAAUUGUCCUAUAAAUACAAUAAUUAAUUUAAUCACAACAUUAAUUUAUUUACAUUUUUGGUUACUGGGUAUUUUAUGCACAAAACUCUAAAUGAAAAAUAUUUCAGGUCUUUCUUCGCUUAUUUUUUUAUUUAUUAUUUUUUGUUUGUUUGUUAUGAAUUGCACAUAAAUGCCACUUUAAUCUGGUUAGUCUUUUAUCACUUAAACUUUUUAAAAAACUUCAGGUUGACACCCAAACUGUUGUUUUGUCAUUGAGCAAUUAAAUACACUUCAAGAAAUAAACAGACACCAUAUGAGUUAAAGGGGACAUAUUAUGAAAAUCUGACUUUUUCCAUGUUUAAGUGCUAUAAUUGUGUCCCCAGUGCUUCUAUCAACCUAGAAAAUGUUAGAAAGAUCAACCCAAUAACUUAGUAUUGGUAAACCAUUUUCUGCAAGCAUGUGACAAAAUAGGUCAUUGUAAUUUGGCCCUUAUUGUGAUGUCAGAAUAAGGUAAUACCGCCCCCUUUAUCCAACCACAGCACAACCAUUUAGUAUGGAGAGAAAGAGAGAGAUAAAAUAUUUCACAGCACAAUUGAGUUUCGAUUGCAACAAACCACCAUCAUUGUGAUCAGUGGUUGCACUUCAUCCGCUCAUUUGCAUUUUAAAUGACACACCCAAAACGGCACACUUUUGCUCAGACCUAUUUUAGACUUAGUUUACAUCUUAAAAAAAAUCUCAUAAUAUGUCCCCUUUAAGUAAUUUGUAUUAUUAUUAUUUUAGAUAUAAAAUCAGAUGCCAGUGUGUCUUAGCCUGGCUUCGCCCUCCUACAUUCUUCCGCUUAAUUUUCAUUUCGCUUCAGAAUAACGUCUGGGACUGCUCUGUACAGUUUUGUUUUCUCCGGCAAAAAUCUGCAGGUCCAAUCAGCGAACAGCAGGGAGUGGCUAAGAACGCAGAUGUUGAGGUCUUGCGCCAGACUGAGUGACAUACGUCACGACCAAACGUUAGCGAUUGGUUAUGGCAGAUUCAGAGUGACUCUGGGCAGAUCCAAUAGUUUUAAACUUCAACAGAGGACCCUCCUUAACGGAAGUAACGCUUUGCAAUGGAGCGUGGCCAGACUCUCUGUACAAAUGAAAUGAAUGUACGAGAGUCUGGUUGCACCAGGCUAAGUGUGUCUGUCUUUAUCACAACAUUUAUUGUUUGUUUCUUACUUCUGUCACUUGUAUAUGAAGUCUUCAGGAAUAUUUUCUAGGUAUAUUUUCAAUAAACAAUACUGGUGUGCAUUUUGAGGCACACAAUGGUACUGAUAUAUGUUAAAAAUGGCAGUGCUAGGUGUUUUGAAAUUAAAGCAGCUCAAACAUGCAUUUUAGUUUGGGACUAUGAUAAGCCCUGUCUGGGAAACCACCACUGAGUUGACUUACUCUGAGAUAGGAAACUCUGAGUCUUCGAUUACAGAACUGCUGAAAUUAGUUAGUUUAAUUGACUCUAAGUUGACUCUUACGAUUCACCAUGGCAACAGCAUGUGACAAAGAGGUCAAGAUACUUUUCAUUACUAAAACUGAAGGUAACACUGUAUAUUACGACCCACAAAGUACCGUGUAAUUAAACCAAAUUUACAGUGUACCUAUUUGUAACAACAGGGUACCUCUACAGUACAUACUUGUAGGUAUAAGGGAACAGUAUGUUAAGUUUGGGGUAAUAAGGGGUUAAGAAUAUGAAGAAUUUAAAUUAUUUAUACUCUAAGUAUUGUAUAACUACAGGGUACCUAUUUUAAUAUUACUAAGUAUGUAUGACUUAAGUCUCUGGGGAAAUUAUGUAUUCUUUUUAUGAUUUUAUUGUGAAUUUUUCAUAUUGACUACUGAAUGUUGUAUACAGUCGAUGUCUAUGAGCCACAACGGCAAAUAAAUAUAACAGCACAUCACUUUUAUUUUAGUAGCCUAUAUUACUUUUAAAAACAAAAGUCCAGCUGAUUUAAUGUGGUUAUCUUUUUUUUAAAGUAAGUACAAUAAAAAUAGCAACUUAUUCCCUAUUUACCAGGAAACUCUAACAUUUGCGGACAUAUUUGAAGUGGUGCUUUGCAAUUGGAUAUGCUUGACCCUGAAACUCUUUUAUUUCAAAUGACACAAUAAUGACCACAAAGCAGCACGCUAUUUGUUUAUUUUUAAUAGGUGUUCUCAUUGAUAGAAUAAAACUUUGCAACAUGUGUAAACACAAGUAUUUUAGCCAAAUAUAAUUUAUGCAAUGGCAAACAAGAAUGAAACAACAGCAGAUGGGUAUCCACCAGCUCGCGCUGAAGCAAAAGACGACUACAUGGGUACUGCCCAGGCGUAGAGCGCGCACCCGUCUGCAGGAGGUUUGCCUGCUGGAACGCGAUCCUGAGGUGAAAUUUCUUUAAGAGGUUUUAAAAACUUUCUACACUGUGGAGUACGGCUGCGAGUGAUGUGAGCAGGAUCCGCAUGCUGGAUAAGGUGACUGGUUUUGUUAAUACAUGACUAAUGCAUUUCAAACAA